AUGCCGUCCCGUCCGACCUCGGAUGCAAAUUUUGCCGACCUCGGCCGGUCCAUCGCGUCCAACCUCGACCGCAUCACCCAGAUCUAUACCGACCUCCAGCAACCGCUACCCUCCUACGAGAUCGACUCGCCCCUCGACUUUCCGGUCGAGGUGCAGCAGCUCCGACAGAAAGUGCUAGAUGCCACUCUCCAAUUGCAGCAGCUGUUACUAGGCCCCAAGGAGAGUUUAUUUUUGUGGGCAAGGAACAAUAUAGGCACCAUCCGCGCGGUCUCCGACUUCGAUCUCGCUCGUUCCUUCCCCGUCGGCGAGACGGCCACGUUCGCCGAGAUCGCGACCACCGCUGGACUCCCGGAGCAGAAAGUUCGUCGGAUCAUCCGCCAUGCUGCGACCGAGGGGAUCUUCCGCGAGGAGCCGCAGGGGGUCGUGAGGCACACGGCCGCGUCGCGGAUGCUGGCGGAGGACCAGGUGAUGCGCGAUUACAUCGACGUUCACUAUACAGAGAUCCUUCCCGCGAUGAAAGAGACCCCAACCGCCUUGCGCAACUGGCCCAACGCCACCGAUCCCGCCCAAACGGGCUUCUCGCUCUCGCAGCCCCCGACCCAUCCCACCUUCUUCCAAUACCUGACCACCCAGCCCGACCGCGCGCGGGUCUUUGCCUCGGCCAUGUCGACCUACAGCACCGGGCCCGAGAAUGACGUGAGCCACCUCCGCGACGGUUACGACUGGGCGUCCAUAUGCGGCGGAGGGGGCGGCGGAGGGGGCGUAGUGGUCGACGUCGGAGGUUCGACGGGGUACGUUUCGCAGGCUCUCGCGCAGGCAUACCCGGCCCUACGUUUCGUCGUUCAGGACACGGCGCCCACCAUCGCCCAGGCGCCCACCGUGGCCGCCGCUGCUCCAGCCGGGGAACACAGUCGGGUGCAGUUCAUGGCGCACGACUUCUUCGCCGACCAGCCCGUCCACGGGGCGGACGUGUACCUGCUGCGCAUGGUGCUGCAUGAUUUCGGGGACGCGGACUGCGUGCGCAUCCUGCGCGCGCUGGUGCCCGCGCUGCGGGACGGGGGCCGGGUGGUGCUGAAUGAGUUCUGCUUGCCUGAGCCCGGGUCGGUGGGGUUGUUGGAGGAGAAGCAUAUUCGAACAAUGGACAUGAACAUGCUCAGCCUGUUCAAUUCCCGUGAACGUGAUGCCGCAGACUGGCGCGCGCUGUUCGCGCAGGCCGACCCCCGCUUCCGGUGGCGGGGCGUCACCAAACCGGCGGGCUCGAAUCUCUCCGUCAUUCAGGUGUCGUGGUCGUCCCCAAGUGUCGAGUGAGGCGCGUGGAGUGGAUCUUGGGUGUG